GUGGCUGUAUAGUAGGACCAGCGUCCAGGACUGUGAGGCAGAAUGAGCGAAGAAGCAUGUCGAACCCGCAGUCAGAAGCGAGCCCUUGACCCAGACCCAACGGAGGAUGAUGUGGACAGCAAGAAAAUGAAAAUGGAGAGAGGGUCAUUGGAGCUAACUGUAGAUGGAGACACCAGGGUGAUGCCCGAGCCUGGUGCAGGCCCAGCCCAAGGGUUGCUGAGGACAGCAGAGACCAUGGCCUCAGGAUCAGGCGAAGGGCUGGUAGGGGACGGGCCUGUGGACAUGCGCACCUCACACAGUGACAUUAAGUCCGAAAAGAGACCUCCUUCACCUGAUGUGAUCGUGCUCUCUGACAGCGAGCAGCCAUCAAGCCCAAGGGUGAAUGGGCUGACCACAGCAGCCUUGAAGGACACCAGCACUGAGGCGCUCCUGAAAAGUAGCCCAGAAGAACGGGGGAUGAUCAAGCAGUUGAAGGAGGAGUUGAGGCUAGAGGAAGCAAAGCUGGUCCUGUUGAAGAAGCUACGGCAGAGUCAAAUACAAAAGGAAGCCACUGUGCAGAAGCCUGCAGCUUCCUCAGGGAGCACCGUGACCACCCCUCCCCCUCUAGUGCGGGGUACCCAGAACACUAGCAAGACAUCACUUCAGACCUCCUCUGCUCGAAUGCCGGGCAGCAUCAUCCCACCUCCAUUGGUCCGAGGUGGCCAGCAGGUGUCUGCUAAGCUGGGACCACAGGCCAGUUCCCAAGUAGUCAUGCCGCCGCUUGUCAGAGGGGCCCAGAUUCAUAACAUUAGACAGCAUUCCUCCACGGGGCCACCACCUCUCCUCCUAGCCCCCCGUGCCUCAGUGCCCAGCAUGCAAAUUCAGGGACAGAGGUUCAUUCAGCAGGGACUCAUCCGUGUCGCCAAUGUCCCCAAUACCAGUCUGCUUGUCAACAUCCCUCAGCCCACUGCAGCCUCGCUGAAGGGGACAACAGUUGCCUCUGCUCAGGCCAGCUCCUCCCCCACCAGUGUGGCCUCUGUGGUUGCAUCUGCUGAGUCUCCAGCUAGUCGGCAGGCUGCUGCCAAGCUAGCACUGCGAAAGCAACUGGAGAAGAUCCUGCUUGAGAUUCCACCUCCCAAGCCCCCUGCUCCAGAGAUGAACUUCCUGCCCAGUGCUGCCAACAAUGAGUUCAUCUACCUAGUCGGCCUGGAGGAGGAGGUGCAGAACCUGCUGGAGACACAAGCAGGCAGGAUCUCUGCCAGCGCAGCUGCUGCUGUGUUAUCCCGGGAGCCUUACAUGUGUGUUCAGUGCAAGACGGACUUCACAUGCCGAUGGCGGGAGAAGGGUGGAACUGUUAUGUGUGAGAACUGCAUGACGUCCAACCAAAAGAAGGCCCUGAAGGUGGAACACACCAGUCGGCUGAAGGCUGCCUUUGUGAAGGCACUACAGCAGGAACAGGAGAUGGAGCAGCGACUGCUGCAGCAGACCAAGGCUGAGCCUGCAGCCCCACAUCCCAUGCUGAAGCAGGUCAUAAAGCCCCGACGUAAGUUGGCGUUCCGCUCAGGAGAGGCCGGUGACUGGAGUAACCGGGCUGUGCUACAGGCUUCCAGUCAGCUGUCCCGGGGCUCCACCACAACAUCUCAUGGUGUUCUGCACACAUUCAGCCAGUCACCCAAACUGCAGAAUGCUGCCUCAGCUACGGCCCUGGUAAGCAAGACUGGCAGACAUUCCGAGAGAGCUGUGAGCACCAGCAAGGGCACCACCUCCAACUGGAAAAAGACAACCCUGAGCACAGGUGGGACCCUCACGUUCGUCAGCCCAAGCUUGGCAGUGCAUAAGACUUCCUCAGCUGUGGACCGUCAGCGAGAGUACCUCCUGGACAUGAUCCCUCCACGCUCCAUCCCCCAAUCAGCCACGUAGAAAUAGUAUGAGCCCGGCCCAGCUGCGGACAGGCCCUCUGCUCUCCCGAGGCCCCUGGUCUAGGACACACAGACCACCCUCCUAACCAGUUGCCUGAGACAGCUCAGGCCUUGGCUAAUUAGCCCUGCGGUGUUCAGAAGAGGGUACCACCCUGGUGCCUGGGAUCAGAACCAGGGACCCUCCCCUGCGGGCCUUCUCCUUUCUUUUUGCCUUUAGUUUGCCCGACACCAGCAGAAACUUGGACCUUGGGGCCAGCUCUGCCUGGCCAGCAUGGGUGGGAGCUCACCCUGGACACUGUGACAUGCCUGGGCCAGGCUGGCACCAGGGGCUCCCAAAGUUGAGCCAGGGUUUUGUUUUCUUUUGGCUUUUCCCGUUUUAGCUCCCCAGUCUCUGCCUCCUCUUGGCCAUCUAUAGGUUGAAGUUUGGGUUUUUGUUUUUUCUUUUUUAAUCACCUCACAAUGAU